AUGAAAUAUUCGCUGGCUUGUAAACAAUGCGAGGACGGCUAUUGCCCGUUGAAUCCGGAUGACAAAGAACCAGAGCUAAAGUGCGCCGUUUGCGACGCUGCUUUUGCCAGUGAUCUCCGCAAAGCACGAUUGUUCUUAAAUCUUUUCAACGAAUACCGUAAGUAUUUUGCCUUAAGCAGAAUCUGUUAA